AUGCCUAGGAAGAAUGCAUCUUCUAGAUGCCUUAUGAAAAUUGACCUUAGAAAGGCAUAUGACAUGAUUAAUGGUGAAGGACAUGGUUAUUUUGCUGGUAAGAGAGGACUUAGGCAGGGAGAUCCUAUCUCUCCUUUGUUAUUUGUUCUGGUGAUGGAAUAUUUGUCAAGGUGUUUGAAGACAAUGAGUAAUUUGCCUGAUUUUAGAUUUCAUCUAAUGUGUAAAUCCUUGCAACUAACUCAUCUCAUAUUUGCUGACGACUUGAUGAUAUUCUGUAAAGGAAAUGUGAGCUCAGUAAGUAGAGCCAUGAAGGCUUUGACUCAUUUUAGUGCAGCUACUGGUUUGGUAGCUAAUAUGGAUAAAUCUAGCAUUUUCUUGGCUGGAGUAGAUGAUAGCACCAGAGAUCAACUGUUGGCAAGAACUGGGUUUACAGUAAGUACAUUUCCCAUGAGAUAUCUAGGGUUGCCAUUAUCACCUAAGAAAUGGACUAAGCUUGAUUGUCACUUAUUGGAGGAGAAGAUAACACAGAGGAUUAAUGUUACUUACUCCAAGCAUCUGUCUUACACUGGUCGACUACAAGUGAUAACUGCAGUCUUGUUUUCUAUUCAUAGUUUCUGGGGAACUGUUUUCAUACUUCCCCAGAGCAUUUUCAAAGAGGUAGACAAGAUAUGCAGAGUUUAUCUGUAG